UCUUUUGAUUGGCCACCCACGUCUGCAGUUGGACUGGUGUCUGCAGUUGGAACAGUACCAUUUAUCUCCAUAUUCAUUUAUUCAAAACUGAAGUGGUGUCUUUUUUUUUCUUAAAAAAUGUUAAGAAUUUAUCACAAUGUGAAGGUAAAAAGUACAACAAAGAAGAUCGAAAAGCAACUCAGAACUACACUUAAACAGGCAAAACUGAGGCACCGUUUCAGUACUCAAGUGGAGUAUAUUUAAAUAUAUAUAUAUACAUUAAUAAACAAAAAAGAAAGAAGAGAUGCCAUCUGGAAAGAGGAGUAAAGAAGAUACUUGGACUGAAAAAGACUUAAUGAAAGAAAUUCAGGGUGAUUCAAAAGACAAAAAACAUAGAUCUAGUCGAGAGAAAUCUUCAAGGGAAAAAGAUAAAGAUAGGCACAGUGAAGACAGAGAAAAACGAAGAGAAAGUCAAUCGCAUAAAGAAAAAGACAAUAAAACUGAUCAUGAUAAACAUCGAAGAAGUAAAACACAAGAACUAGAUGGCAAAAAACUUGAUACAGAGAAAAAACAUCGUAGGCAUAAAACUGAGGACGGUAGGGUUGCACAUGUGAAAAACGAUGAAGAGAAGAAACAUAAAAAACAUAGAGAAGAUAAAGAAGAUAGGAAUGAUAGAGACAGUGAACAUAAAAAACAUAGGGAAGACAGAGAGCAUAGAAAACAUUCAGACAGAAAACAUCGAGAUAAAGAUAAAGCUGAUAAAGAAGCAGUGGAAAAACAUGCAGAUGACGAGAAAGAACAUAGAAGCCAGAAAGAUAAAAGGAGGAGACACAGAGGAGAAGACACUGAAGAAAAUAAAGAAGAACAUAAAAAUCGUGAAGAUAGACACAAAGAUAGAAAAGAACAUGACAAGGAUUCUAAUGAGAGGCGCAAGCACCGCGAUAAAGAGGAGAGAAGUAAAGAAAAGGAAAGAAGAGCGAAACAUAAAGAACAGGAAGACUCUGGUAGUAAAACGUACAAAGAAGAAGAUGGAACACAUAAAUCCAGUAAAGAAAGUGAUGAUCAAACAGAAAAAGAGAAAAGACGAAAAGAGAAGGACAAGGAGAAAGCAAAAAGACAUAAAGAAAGAGAAGAGGAGAUGUUUAAAGCAUUAGAGGAUACAAAGAAAGAAAAUAAAAUUACUGAAGAAGAUACAAAUUAUGAUUACGAUGAUGAUUUUGAUGAUUAUGAUGAUGACGAUUUCGAAGAAGAAGAAGAAGAAGAAGAAGAAGAGGAUAAUGAGCAAGAAGAAAGUCAUACUGAUAAUGACAUACAAGACAGUAAUGACAGAGCUGACAAUAAACAGAAGGUUCAGAGUCAAGAAUCUAAGAUACAUUUAUCAAAAUCUGAACAACAUGGAGUAAGCGAGGUCCUAAAAGCCAUAUCAGCUGAAAACAAAAUAGCUGCUUCACAAGCACACAGUCGAUCAGCAAGUAGGCCUUCAACUGGUAGUGACAAAGAAGAAUCCAAAGAAAAGGAAUCAGCAAAGAAAACAUUUGGAAAGAUUAAUUUUAUUGCAGCAAGUCAAAAACAGUUGAAUGAAAAGACGGCAAAGAAAACAAAAAAACGAGGCCAGGAACUACUGCAACUGAUCCAGCUUGAUGUGCGCUCAAUAGAACUUUUUGACAUGCCACCGAUGACUGAAUAUGAAUUAUACAUGAAAAGAUUUGGUCAGUCAGAUAGCAAACAGACCUUUACACAAACAAAUGAUGAUGACGUUACCCAAGAAACACAAACUGAUGAAGUCGAGACUGAAUCAAAAUGGUGUCAGUUUACUCACGAUAUAAAAGCUUGUGGCAGUGAUGACGGAGACAAAAUGGACACAUCGUAUACAAGCAACUUGACAUCCACUAGUUCUGUUCGCUUGAAUAAAUUUCUUCUAAAAUCUUCACAGGUUUGCAAUGCAUUGUUGGAAGAACUAGCAGCAGGUAUUGAACAACCUCAAAGACAAUAUACAGAAUCUCGCGGUGCUUUCAGUGACGGUUAUGUCACCCUGGAGAGUUCAAAUUUCCUUGUGCUUGGUCGAAAUUUCUGCGAUUUGGCGUACUCGAUGUCACAGACGAAUAUGUUACUCACAGCUUAUGGCGCCAGUAACGUCGUGACAAAACAUCAUAAAUCACCAAAAGGUCUCAUCUGUUUAUGGAACACAAACGAACCAACCAAACCGCUAAAGUUACUGACAUGUGAAUCGAUACCAAUGAGUUGUUGUUUCAGUUCUGGCAAAGCUUCGAUGGCAUUUGCUGGAAUGGAAGAUGGCAUUAUCGCAGCAUGGGAUCUUACUGAACCAGCCAGUUACCAUGACAAUGUUAUGAUAGGAAACACGUCACAUGUUUUUCGUACAGCGACAUUUACGACAGCUGCAUCAAGUGAAAACCAUAUGUUUUCUGUCGUAACGUUGGCUCCAAUAACCUCAAAUGCAAGUUAUCAUGCUGAAUCAGAUUCGAACGAUGACGUUGACAUGUCUUUUCAACUCGCGUCAUUGGAUCAAAGUGGUGUCAUUAAUAUAUGGAUUGUUGUUGCUGUGGAACCAAAUACUACCAAUCUUUCGAGUGUAGAUGACGAUUUAGGAUUAUCACCGAAGGGAAGGAUUAAGUUGGUAAAAAGUGCAACAAUAACUCCAGCAUCAUCUAGUAUUGGAUCAUUCGCCAACUUGUUCUCUUUUACUUGUCUUCAAAUCAACCCAACCAAACUCAAUCAUCUAUACUGUGGUACUGACCAGGGAGAAAUAUUACAUUUUGUUCGAUUUGGAAAUAGACCAACACCAAAAUCUCUAAAAUCAAGCGAAGAUGGAAACAACGAAGUGUAUUCUAUAGAUAUCUCUCCGUGGCGGAUGCCGUAUUUAUUGGCAAGUUACAGUGAUGGAUCAGUGCAUCUCUUCAAUCUCAAUAAAGAAACACCUGUUGCAUGUUGGUCCAUGUUUAGCAAUGGAUCGGCAGUACUCGAUGUAAAAUGGUCGCGAAGUAAACCGAAUGUCUUCUUUGCUAUUGACUCUCAAUCUAUUUUAUACUCAUGGGAUUUGUUAGCUUCGGAUUCAGGUCCAAUCCUAGAGCAAAAGUUGAGACGCAAAGAUAAAAGGGCGAUUGGUUUUGCUUUUGCUAACGACUACACAUCACUUGGUGUCGGCACACCUGGCAGAGCUGCGGAAAUGGCUGUGGUGUAUGGUGACGGCUCUGUUGAAAUUCAUCGACUGUCGAAUAAAUUGUGCCGAAUGUCGGGUGAUGAACUUGACAGAACACAACAAUAUUUUGAUGAGUUGACUAACUAGUUUGUUGUCAUAUACGCGCUUGUCUUCCCAUUUUAGAUAGAGAAUUAGCCUAUGAGUUCUGCCCGAAGCCAUUUUUUGUAUCUGUUUCGAAUAAAAUGUUCUAGCUGAAAGACUGCAAAACACUGCUUUUCUUAUUUCGUUAUUUCCUGAUCUUUAGCGUAGAUAAUCGACUAGCUAUGCGUUUCGAAAAUUUGCACAUUUUUAUUUCUGAAGAAAAUAUAGCACCGUAAAUGCUCGAUCAAGCGUCCACAUUUUCUGUAUUUUUUUUAAAGCGAUCAUCUCGAACAAGCCCAGGGAUGGCUAUUUAAAUAUAUUACUAGAUUUCGUGUAAAAAUAUUUGUCCAUCUUUUCGUUCUAAAUAAGCACCUGUCUAGCUUAAUGGAGUAAUUACGGUGCAUGACUCUGCACAAAUAUCGGCACAAAAAAUGAUGUUUUUUUCGUGUUUAAUUACAUGAAUAUGUGUAUAUAUUAAAAUUUUUUAAAAUGUAAUUUAUUGGUAUAACAAAAUAUAAAAACAUAAUUUAUACAAUA